AUGACACCGCCUCCGCCGCAAACUUUUUCCUCCCCAUCCUGUCGCGGCUCGAAAGGAAUGGAAAAUGGCGGCCUAGGCGCGGACUUCCCGGCCGGACCAGCGGCGGCGGCGGCUCUCGGCGGCGCCGGCCCCGCGCCGCACCAUGACGCGCUGGGUGCCCACCAAGAGGGAGGAGAAGUACGGCGUGGCCUUUUAUAACUAUGAUGCCAGGGGAGUGGAUGAGCUUUCUUUACAAAUCGGAGACACUGUGCACAUCCUAGAGACAUAUGAAGGGUGGUACAGAGGAUACACCUUAAGGAAAAAGUCUAAGAAGGGUAUAUUUCCUGCUUCAUAUAUUCAUCUUAAAGAAGCGAUAGUUGAAGGCAAAGGGCAACAUGAAACUGUCAUCCCCGGUGACCUCCCACUCAUACAGGAAGUCACCACCACACUCCGAGAGUGGUCCACCAUCUGGAGGCAGCUCUAUGUGCAAGAUAACAGGGAUAUGUUUCGAAGUGUACGACACAUGAUCUAUGACCUUAUUGAGUGGCGCUCACAGAUUCUGUCUGGAACUCUGCCCCAGGAUGAGCUCAAAGAACUGAAGAAGAAGGUCACAGCCAAAAUUGAUUAUGGAAACAGAAUUCUUGAUUUGGACCUGGUGGUGAGAGAUGAAGAUGGGAACAUUUUGGAUCCAGAGCUAACUAGUACAAUUAGUCUCUUCCGAGCUCAUGAAAUAGCUUCUAAACAAGUGGAAGAAAGAUUACAAGAAGAAAAAUCUCAAAAGCAGAACAUGGAUAUUAACAGGCAGGCUAAGUUUGCUGCCACCCCUUCUCUGGCCUUGUUUGUCAACCUCAAAAAUGUGGUUUGCAAAAUCGGAGAGGAUGCUGAAGUGCUCAUGUCUCUUUACGACCCUGCAGAGUCCAAGUUCAUCAGUGAAAACUACCUGGUUCGCUGGUCAAGUUCAGGAUUACCUAAAGAUAUAGACAGAUUACAUAAUCUGCGAGCUGUUUUUACUGACCUUGGAAGCAAAGACCUGAAAAGGGACAAAAUCAGUUUUGUCUGUCAGAUUGUCCGAGUAGGUCGCAUGGAGCUGAGGGACAGCAACACAAGGAAACUGACCUCGGGCUUGCGGCGACCUUUUGGCGUGGCUGUGAUGGAUGUAACAGAUAUAAUAAAUGGAAAAGUAGAUGACGAAGAUAAGCAGCAUUUCAUUCCCUUUCAGCCGGUGGCAGGGGAGAAUGACUUCCUUCAGACUGUUAUUAACAAAGUCAUCGCUGCCAAAGAAGUCAACCACAAGGGGCAGGGUUUGUGGGUAACACUGAAAUUACUUCCUGGAGAUAUCCAUCAGAUUCGAAAAGAGUUUCCUCAUUUGGUGGACAGGACCACAGCUGUGGCUCGAAAAACAGGGUUUCCGGAAAUUAUCAUGCCUGGUGAUGUUCGGAAUGAUAUCUAUGUAACAUUAGUGCAAGGAGAUUUUGAUAAAGGCAGCAAAACAACGGCAAAGAACGUCGAGGUGACAGUGUCUGUCUAUGACGAAGAUGGGAAACGAUUGGAGCACGUGAUUUUCCCGGGUGCUGGUGACGAGGCAAUCUCAGAGUACAAAUCUGUGAUUUACUACCAAGUGAAGCAGCCACGCUGGUUUGAGACUGUUAAGGUGGCUAUCCCCAUUGAGGAUGUUAACCGGAGUCACCUUCGAUUUACCUUCCGCCACAGAUCGUCACAGGACUCUAAGGAUAAAUCUGAGAAAAUAUUUGCACUAGCAUUUGUGAAGCUGAUGCGAUACGAUGGGACCACUCUCCGCGAUGGGGAGCAUGACCUUAUCGUCUACAAGGCUGAAGCCAAGAAGCUGGAAGACGCAGCGACGUACCUGAGUCUGCCUUCCACGAAAGCAGAGUUGGAGGAGAAGGGUCACUCAGCCACAGGCAAGAGCAUGCAGAGUCUUGGGAGCUGCACCAUCAGUAAAGAUUCCUUCCAGAUCUCCACACUGGUGUGCUCCACCAAACUGACCCAGAAUGUGGACCUCCUAGGGCUCCUCAAAUGGCGCUCCAACACCAACCUGCUGCAGCAGAACCUCCGGCAGCUGAUGAAAGUCGACGGCGGGGAAGUGGUGAAG